CCAGGUAUCACCACCAGCCACAGGACUAUUGGCCCAGAAGUCGUGGUCACCUAUUAUUGCAGGUCUGGUCAUGGGCUCGAUGCAGCUCCCGGUGGCCCUAGCAGUGUGAGACAGUCUCGGAGGGAGCAGUUCCUACUGCACCCUCCUCUCUCACAGCAGCAGAAGACUCUCCCAAGUCCUCCCGUACUUCUCCUCCUUCAGUCGAGGUGGCCUCUCCUCAUGGUGGCAGGUGUUCUACUGGGGAGGAGCAGCAGAUGGGGCAGCUCUCUCUGCCCACAUGUCAGGUAGGU